AACGCACGGGGGUGUUGUCAACAGCUUGUGUGAGGAUUUCCGGAUGGCAGAAUGUACUCCCGAUCACUUCAAAGCCCUCAUGUUCUGCAUUAGCAUGCAGAAUGACCAGCAUGUUUUCAUCCGGGAGCAACUCCUUUCUAAGCUUGAGACUGAGCCACCCGAGAAGAUAAAUCUCGAGUUUAUGAUUGAUGAGGCUCAUCGUUUGGCAAAUAUCAAGAAGGAUUCGCGUCUAGAUGUCAACCCUGUGGUCGUGGGUGCUGUCAAAAAGCACACUGCUUCUCAUCACAAGAAGGAGCGCCCACCUAGGCCAUGUUUCCUAUGCGGGGCGAUGCAUUUCAGCAAGGACUGCACCUACACCAAGUCUAAAUGUGCUGAAUGCAACCAAACGGGGCACAAAACGGGGUACUGCCCACCUACACCUCAAGACGCCGACGCAGAAAAUCAAGGAAGAAGCAACAGGAAAUUCAUGAAGCAAAAGAAGAAGCCGCCUGCACGCACAAAUGCCAUUUUCUCUUCCCGCCGCCGCGGAAGAAAAUAUUUGACUCCCAUAGUCAAUGGCCACCAAGUUGAGUUCCAACUCGACUGUGCAGCUGACGUAUCCCUGAUCACGAGGAAGACGUGGGAAGCACUAGGAAAACCCACUCUCUCCAACGCAUCGUUCAAUAUUCGGGAUGCUCAGACAGCGGAAAUGCCUAUUGCGGGUGAAUUUACGUGUACAGUGAAGCUCUUGGACAAAGCAAUUCAGGGCAGAUGCUUUGUUUCCGAGACUGUGAGUGAUAACCUCUUCGGAAUAGAAUGGAUAGAAGCUUUGGGGAUGUGGGACGAGAGCCCAAACGCUUAUUGCAACGCUGUUCAGGGAACUGUAGACGCAUCGACGGCCGUCGCAGAACUCAAACGGAUCUACCCAGCCGUUUUUGGACAGGAAAUGGGCAUCUGUACCCAAGCAACGGCCACCAUUCACCUCAAACAAGAAGCCAUUCCAAUAUUCCGCCCAAAGCGCCCUGUAGCAUUCCACAUGCUUCCCGUCAUCGACGAAGAACUUCAACGUCUUCAAGCAUCGGGAAUCAUCACGCCUGUCGAGUUCUCACCAUGGGCGGCCCCAAUUGUCGUCGCGAGGAAGGCGAAUGGCAAUAUUCGCAUUUGCGGGGACUAUUCGACAGGGCUGAACGACUCUAUUGAGGCCAACAAUUAUCCGAUCCCUGAUCCGGAUUGCCUCUUUAGUCGGUUUGCGAAUAAGAAAGUUUUCACUCACGUGGACCUUUCUGACGCAUACCUACAAAUCCCUGUGGACGAGGAAUCCAGCAAGUUGUUGACAAUUCACACACCUCGCGGAUUGUUCAAGUUCAAUCGCCUCGCUCCAGGCAUCAGAUCAGCACCAGGGAUUUUCCAGGAAAUAGUGGAACGCAUGCUGCAGGGCAUCCCCGACGUUAUCUGCUAUUUUGAUGACAUCUGCAUUGCGAGCUCUACCCAAGAUGAACACUUCGAGACGCUGAAGAGCGUUUUCAAGAGACUCGCAGAAUUCAAUUUUCGAGUCAAAGAAGAGAAGUGUAAGUUUUUUGUGGGCAAAAUAAAGUUUUUGGGUAUCGUUGCAGAUGCUGAUGGUCUGCACCCUGAUCCUGACAAGGUCGAGGCCAUCCAUAGAAUGCCCCCUCCCAAGAAUGUCUCUGAGUUACGUAGUUUUCUUGGAGCCCUGCAAUUCUGGGGGAAAUUCGUCCCGUCAAUGAGCGAUUUACGCAACCCCUUAGACAGAUUGCUGAAAAAGGGAGCACGCUGGAACUGGACAAAGGAGUGUGAUUCAGCGUUUCACCGAUUCAAGGAGAUUUUGUCGUCGGAACUCCUCCUGACGCACUAUGACCCCAAUCUCCCCAUUUUCGUGGCCUCCGAUGCCUCUUCACGAGCUAUCGGGUGUGUAGCUUACCACCAAUUCCCCGACGGAAGCAUGAAAGCCUUUUACCACGCGUCACGAAAACUCACGGACACUGAAACUCGCUAUAGUCAGAUAGAAAAAGAGGCCCUGGGAAUCAUUUUUGCAGUCAAAAAGUUCCACCGCUUUAUCUACGGACGAAAAUUCACACUCAUGACAGACCACAAGCCCCUGGUUUCAAUUUUUGGAAGCAAAAAGGGAAUUCCCAUCCACACGGCAAACCGACUACAAAGAUGGGCCUUAAUUCUCUUGGGCUAUGACUUCAGCAUUCAAUAUCUGUCCACUGAUAAAUUUGGCCACGCUGAUGUUCUCUCGAGAUUAAUUUCAAACCACAAACAGAACGAAGAUGAAAUUAUUAUUGCACAAAUUUAUCUUGAAGAAACAUUAGACAACCUUACAAUACAGAAUGCCGCUUCGCAGCUCCCUGUGAAGUUCGAGAUGAUUAAGCGCGCCACUGAGACAUCACAGACACUCCAGGAGAUUGCCGGCUACGUCAAGGGAGGCUGGCCUUCGUCUACGAAGAAUAUUGUCUCUCCGGAAGUGCGGAAGUUGUACAAACUCCGUGAUGCCCUCUCUCUGAUGCAGAACUGUGUCUUCUAUAGAGAUCGACUUGUCGUGCCAGAGCAAUUCCGCUCUCAGAUUCUUGCUCAACUCCACGAUUCCCAUCCGGGAAUGGCACGGAUGAAAGCAUUUGCGCGCAGCUAUGUCUUCUGGCCCGGCUUAGAUGCAGACAUAGAACGCAAGGUUCGCAAUUGCACGGACUGUGCAUCCGCAGCGCGAUCUCCCGUCAAAGCACAUCUCUCAUCAUGGCCCUUGUCAUCAGCACCCUGGCAACGAAUCCACCUGGAUUAUGCGAAAUUCAAAGGAGACAAUUUUCUGUUAGUUGUGGAUUCUUAUUCGAAGUGGCCUGAAAUCUACAAGAUGUCAAGCACGACCUCUACACAAACAAUUUCGAAACUUACUGAAAUUUUUUCGCGCCAUGGUUUACCCGAAAUCAUUGUUUCUGACAAUGGGACCCAAUUUGUUUCUGCUGAGUUCACCAAUUUCUGCCAAUCCAACGGCAUUGAGCACAUCAGGACAUGCCCGUAUUCACCUUCCAGCAAUGGUCAGUGUGAAAGGCUGGUCGACACACUGAAGAGAUCACUGGAGAAACAAAAGUCCCACAAUGUCGACGCAGCCCUGCAGAAAUUCUUGGCAAACUACAGGGUCACUCCAAACGAAAAUGCGCCGCAAGGGAAAUCGCCUUCUGAGAUAAUGUACGGUAGGAAGGUGCGCACCAUUUUCGAUCUUCUCAAAUUCAAACCCCAAGGUGAUGUCAGGAGGAAUGAGAAGAUGGAGGACGCUUAUAACAAGCGUCACGGCGCAAAGCACCGCCUUUUCACACGGGGGGAGGAGGUGUAUGCAAAAAAGUUCAAACAAGGUGGAAAAUGGACUUGGGCACCAGGAAAAGUCAUAGAGCGACGUGGAACUGUGACGUAUAACAUUCGCCUUGCCAAUGGAGAAAUUAUGCGUUCCCACAUCAACCAACUCAGACGUCGCUAUGCGCAGGACUCUUCGGAUUCCAUUCGGCUUUUCACGUCUCCAAAUCAACCAUCAACAUCCACUGCAAACGUCACACCUGUGACACCCGUGACAAACGUGAAAGCUGAGCCAGGCAGUCGAGGUUCAUCAUCUUCGGAAGAAUCGACUGUUAGACCUCAGCGCAGAUCCUCGAAUCAAGCAAGAAGCUAUCGUUCUCUUAGGAUUCCAUUCGAGGAUUUAUCUACGCCGGUGGCUGGUUCGCCAGCUACACCUGCAAACACUCCGUUGCAACGAACGGGCACGCGCCAGAGAGUUCAUCAGGAUACACCUGUGCCGCGGGAGCUUCGGCCACGACAUCGUCAAAUCAACUACCGCGACUAGGAUGUGCCUCAUCGCUUCUCUGGCGGGGGAGGUGUCAGAGGGCGCCUCGAGCACCAUGCUGAAUAUUAUGAAUGAAAUGUCAAUAUGAAUUUUAGAAUGUCACUACUCUUUCCUGUUUCUAAAUAAAUGAAUUAAACCUA